UUCUGGCAUAUCGUCUUUUAUCCCAAAGAAGAAGAAGAAGUCAAAGACAACACACAACAAUGGCGUCGUCCUCUCACCUCCUCCUCCUCCUCGCGAUCACCAUCUCCUCCCUCUCAAUCUCCACCACCUCCGCACGUCCCUGCAAAACCUUCCUCAUCUCCUCCUACUCCCUCUCCAUAACCCCAGAAAACCCUAACCUCGACCCCCAAUCCGACCUCUCCUCGACCCGAUUCGUCACCGUCUUCACGAUCCGCCGCCUCAGCCCCAACCCGAUCGUCCCUUUCUUCGUCAAUCGCCGCCACGGAAUCCUCCCUUCCGAGAAGCCUCAGAUCCAGGAGGAGAAUCGCUCUUCUCAGCUGUCUUUCCCUUUCGUCUCCGAGAACGUCAAGGAUCGCACGAGGGACAUCCUCAGCGUCGUGAUGGCUCUCUUGUUCGGCGUCGGGUGCGGCGCCUUGACCGCGGCGACUAUGUACCUCGUGUGGGCCCUCGUUGUGAAUCGCCAUGGGUAUAAUUUCGAGGAGGAUGAUUACGAGAACGAGGAGUCUGAUGCAGCUAGCUUGAAGAAGCUGGGCUACGUCAAGAUCCCUGAUCCUGUCAAGGAAGCUGCUUAAUUUCGAGGCUGUUGUUCUUAUCCUAAUUACCAAAACAGACCUUUCGUGAAUUUAGUUUCUACAUAUUACGUUAUUGUCUAUCUAUGUUGCGUUGAUUAUCAGUUAAAUUCGAGUGUUUUUAUGGAUUUAUCUCUAGCUAUUAUAUUAUAUAUAUAUACUGAUGAAAUAUUAUCAGUGGUUUACGAUUUGUGUUGUGGAUGUUUAUAAUUUUAAGUGUGAUUAUGAUGUUA